GACUUCUUGGCACAGCAACGGGACCAUUGUAUCAAGGCCUUUGGCAACCUGUGCACAAAGAUGCAUGACUAUGCUUUCACCUCUGUGACGCUGACAGAUCACCCGGAGUAUGGAUUUCAACAUGGUCUGACGAAUGCACUCGACGCUACGGGAACACCCUUGAAGGAAAAGGAUGCGCAAGAGGCACUGAAAUUCUUGUCAACGAGCGGCAAGGACUUUGAGCUGGUUCUUGUGGAGACAGACUUUUAUGACUCUUGA